UGGGGCUGGGGGGUGCCAGGCAGGAGGAGGGACGGGGGUCCCGCCCCAUGAGUUCCGUGAGGGAUCCCAGCACCGGACCCUCCACUCCUCUCACGGGGUCUCUUCGCGGCGGGCGCGGCAGGUGUGGGGACAUGACCGGGGACAUGCGGGCCCUGCUGUGCCUCUGGCUGGUGGCCCAGGUGGCCCAGGUGGCCCUGUCCUCCCGGGUCCGCACCCGCCGGGAGCUGGGGCCCGGGUUGUACCAGCACGGAGUCUACGACGCGGGCGGCUCCUACUGCCAGCAGCGGGACGUCUGCUGCCACGGCCGCGACGACGGCUGCACCGUGCCCUACCACGACACCCUCUGCUACUGCGACCUCUUCUGCAACCGCACCGUGUCCGACUGCUGCCCCGACUUCUGGGAAUACUGCCUGGGCAUCCCGGCGCCCUUCCCCAAAGCCCCAGGCUGUGCCCGUGCCGGGCUCAAUUAUCCCACGGGAGCCACGUACCGGGAGAACUGCAACCUGUGCACCUGCGGGCCGGGCGGGCAGUGGCAGUGCGAGGACCACGCCUGCCUGAUGGAUGGGGAGCUAAUCGAUGCCAUCAACAGGGGCAAUUACGGCUGGAGAGCCGCCAACUACAGCCAGUUCUGGGGGAUGACCCUGGAGGAUGGGAUCCGGCACCGCCUGGGCACCUUCCGUCCCUCUCCCACCGUCAUGAACAUGAACGAGAUGCACAUGAACAUGGACUCCAACGAGGUGCUGCCGCGUCACUUCGAUGCCGCCGCGAAGUGGCCCGGGAUGAUCCACGAGCCCCUGGACCAGGGCAACUGCGCGGGCUCCUGGGCCUUCUCCACGGCCGCCGUGGCCUCGGACCGCAUCUCCAUCCACUCCAUGGGCCACAUGACCCCCGCGCUGUCCCCGCAAAACCUCCUGUCCUGUGACACCCGCAACCAGCGUGGCUGCAGCGGGGGGCGCCUGGACGGAGCCUGGUGGUACCUGCGCAGGAGGGGGGUGGUGACAGACGAGUGCUACCCGUUCACGAGCCAGCAGAGCCCGCCCGCGGCUCAGCCCUGCAUGAUGCACAGCCGCUCCACGGGCCGGGGCAAGCGACAGGCGACAGCGCGCUGCCCCAACCCCCAGACCCACUCCAACGAGAUCUACCAGUCCACCCCCGCCUACCGCCUCUCCUCCAGCGAGAAGGAGAUCAUGAAGGAGCUUCUGGAGAACGGCCCCGUGCAAGCCAUCCUGGAGGUGCACGAGGAUUUCUUCAUGUACAAGAGCGGGAUCUAUCGGCACACGCCCGUGGCCGAGGGGAAGGGGCCGAAGCACCAGAGGCACGGGACCCACUCGGUGAAAAUCACCGGGUGGGGAGAGGAGCAGCUGCCUGAUGGCCAGACCCAAAAAUACUGGACGGCGGCCAACUCGUGGGGCACGGCGUGGGGCGAGGGCGGCCACUUUCGCAUCGCCCGCGGCGUCAACGAGUGCGAGGUGGAGACUUUCGUGGUGGGGGUGUGGGGCCGUGUCAGCAUGGAGGACAUGCCCCACAAGUGAGCCCCCCGAUGUCCCUGUGUCCCCAGCGCGGCCCCGCCCAGCUCACAGCACGCUGGGCCAGGGGCUGGCACUGUCCCCUGUGUCCCCCUAACCGGGGGCUGGCGCUGUCCCCGUGUCCCCAUGGCCAGGGGCUGGCGCUGACCCCCGUGUGCCCAUGGACAGGGGCUGGCGCUGUCCCCUGUGUCCCCAUGGCCGGGGGCCGGCGCUGUCCCCUGUGUCCCCUAGCCGGGGGCUGGCGCUGUCCCCUGUGUCCCCCAGCAGUGGGCUGGUGCUGUCCCCUGUGUCCCCUAGCCGGGGGCUGGCGCUGUCCCCUGUGUCCCCCUGCCGGGGGCUGCGUGUCCCCGCGGUGCUGACACAGCGGCCGGGGGCAGUGGGCCGUGCGAGGGGGUUGCCCCGGGGGCUGUUCCCGUCUCCCAUGGGAUUUUCCCGCUAAUCCCCCCGCCCCGGGCUCGGCUGGGCUGCGGUGCCAGCGGGGGCUCUUCAAAGGCAGCUGCACCCCCCUCCCCAUCCCGGCUGGGGUUGUGGGAUUCCCCCCUCCCCUUUUCCCAGUGGGGGGGACCCCCGUAUUCCUGCCCCUCCCGUCCUGGCCCCAGCAGCUCCCCCCAGCAGGGCAGUGCUGGAGAUGGGGGUGAAAUAACCCAGCGGGGGGGUCCCCUGAGCCCCCAGGGCUGGUGUCGCCAGGAUGGGGUCCCCACCGUCCCCCCCCCCCCCCAGCCCGUCCCUAUGGUGCUAUGGCCCUGCCACCCCCCUGGGGGACAGCAGGGACAAGGGAGGGCUCAGCCCCGUGGUGUCCCCGUCCUGGGGGGGGCCACAAGUGGGGUCCACGCAGCCAGCACAGCCCGGGACCCCCCCCCCUCCACCCCAACCCAAGGGCUGUACUUUUAAGACUGUUUUUUUGUAUUUAUUUUGCUUUUUAUUGUUUGUAAAUAAAGUUAUGGAAGCCUCAGA